UUGGGGUACCCCUAUUUUCCCUUUAUUUCUUUUUCAUUCUCGCUUCGCAAAGCAGUUCUGAAUCUUCUAAUACACAACCAUGACGGAAGUGGCGAGCUCGGUGGUACACGAGGUGCUGGGUCGGCGGGUCCUGGACGUAGACCAGCCAAUCAUAGACUACAUCGUCAACGUUCUCGCAGACGAGGAUUUCGACAUCGGCGAAGACGGCGAGGGCGCUUUCGAAGCCCUUGGCGAGCUUCUUGUCGCCGCUGAAUGCGUAUCCGACUUUUCCGAGUGCCGUUCGGUUUGCAGCAAACUGUCUGAGAAAUUUGGAAAGCAUGGGUUGGUCAAACCAAGUCCUACUGUGAGGAGUCUUGCAGUGCCCAUGAGAAUGAAUGAGGGGAUGGAUGAGGAGGCUCCAAAGAAGAAGCCUGAGUUGAUGGAUGGGCCAGUGAUGUCUGCGCGUGAUAAAAUGAAAAUAGAAAGGAAAAAGAGAAAAGACGAGCGGCAGAGAGAGGUACAAUAUCAAAUGCAUGUGGCAGAAAUGGAUGCUGUUAGGGCAGGCAUGCCUGUUAUAAGUGUGAGUCAUGACGGUGGCGGUGGACCAGUGGUCAAGGAUAUCCAUAUGGAGAACUUCAGUGUUUCUGUUGGUGGUCGUGAGCUCAUUGUGGAUGGUACAAUAACACUUUCUUUUGGAAGGCAUUAUGGACUUGUUGGAAGAAAUGGUACCGGGAAAACUACAUUCCUCAGGCACAUGGCUAUGCACGCCAUUGAUGGCAUUCCUCCAAACUGCCAAAUAUUACAUGUUGAGCAAGAAGUUGUUGGUGAUAAUACAUCAGCCUUGCAAUGUGUUCUUAAUGCCGAUGUUGAGAGGACCCAGCUUUUGGAAGAGGAAGCUCGUCUGCUCACUCAACAGAGAGAAUUGGAGUUUGAGGGUGCAGAUGAAAGCAUCAAAGGGGUUUCAAAUGGCACAAUUGACAAAGAUGCUAUUUCACAAAGGCUUGAGCAAAUAUACAAAAGGCUUGAAACGAUUGAUGCUGAUUCAGCAGAAGCACGCGCCGCUACCAUUCUUGCAGGUCUCAGUUUCUCUACAGAAAUGCAGAAGAGCGCAACAAAAACCUUUUCUGGGGGAUGGCGCAUGCGAAUAGCUCUUGCUCGUGCAUUGUUUGUUGAGCCUGAUUUGUUGCUUCUCGAUGAACCUACGAAUCAUCUUGAUCUUCAUGCUGUCCUGUGGCUAGAGUCUUACUUGGUGAAGUGGCCAAAAACGUUUAUAGUUGUUUCUCAUGCUCGAGAAUUCUUGAACACAGUAGUUACAGAUAUUGUCUUCCUGCAUGGGCAAAAACUGACUACUUACAAAGGGAAUUAUGAUACUUUCGAGAGGACAAGAGAGGAGAAACUUAAGAACCAGCAGAAAGCAUUUGAGGCCAAUGAGCGUACGAGAGCUCAUAUGCAGACCUUCAUUGAUAAAUUCAGGUAUAAUGCAAAGAGGGCAUCUCUUGUCCAGUCGAGAAUCAAGGCAGUAGAGCGAUUGGGCCAUGUAGAUGAAGUCAUUAAUGACCCUGAUUACAAAUUCGAUUUUCCAACUCCAGAAGAUAGACCAGGCCCCCCUAUCAUAAGCUUCAGUGAUGCUUCAUUUGGUUAUCCUGGCGGCCCCAUGUUGUUCAAGAAUUUGAACUUUGGGAUAGAUCUGGACAGCCGCAUUGCUAUGGUGGGGCCAAAUGGCAUUGGCAAGUCUACCAUUCUCAAACUGAUUGCAGGGGAACUACAACCAACCUCUGGUACCAUUUUCCGUUCAGCUAAGGUUCGUAUUGCUGUGUUUAGUCAGCACCAUGUUGAUGGUUUGGACCUAUCUUCAAAUCCCCUUUUGUACAUGAUGCGCUGCUUCCCUGGAGUUCCUGAACAAAAGCUAAGGGCUCACCUGGGUUCCUUUGGUGUAACUGGGAAUCUUGCACUUCAGCCUAUGUACACUUUAUCUGGUGGUCAGAAAAGUAGGGUAGCGUUUGCAAAGAUUACUUUCAAGAAACCACACAUAAUAUUGCUCGAUGAGCCGUCCAAUCAUCUUGACUUGGAUGCUGUGGAGGCACUUAUUCAAGGCCUUAUUUUAUUCCAAGGAGGAAUUCUCAUGGUUAGUCAUGACGAGCAUCUAAUCUCCGGAAGUGUUGAUGAGUUGUGGGUGGUAUCAGAAGGCAGGGCGACACCUUUCAAUGGGAAUUUUCAUGAUUAUAAGAAGAUAUUGCAAGCCUCGUAGGUAUAAGUUUUUGGAAUUCACAUGCGUAUUGGAUAUUUUCCUGGAGUAGUUGUGGCCGCAUGGGUUGAUUCUGGCUUUUGAUUUGGCUUCCAGUCAUCGCCACGAGUUCUUGAUAAGACAAAUUUUUUUGGCUAUUUGGCAAUUGUAUUUGGAAUUAAUAUAUAGUUACUUUUCUGGGUUACUCAAAUUUGUCUAUUCCCUGUUAUAUACGGUUUGAAGAAUAUGCAUACAUAUACCUAAUAGCUUCAUCUCGUUCUUUAGCA